CCACGCCCUGUCUCGACAUCCUUCCUUGUUUUUGGCCUUUUCUUCCAGUCAUUUUCUGCUCUGUCACUCGUUUAGAAACCAUCGUUGCUUGCUUUCCAGGUUUUUGCCCUUCGCUAUUGAAAAUCUAAUCCAACUUAUCAACGCUCUUUACUUCGUCUUUCGUGUCGCUCAUUUCGUUGGUCAUUAUUGCCUAUUCGAUUGAUCGUUUGCUGUCGAUCAUCUGGCUCUUUUUGACAGCACCUUUUUUUCUGCGAAAAAAAUCUAAAGUAUAGAAGACGCGGCCGUCUUUCAACAUUUGUUUAUCCUUCGUUUCAAUCGAGCAAGCAUCGAUGGUUAAUUGCAGCUUCGGAGACAACCUCUCGCUUUGAAAAAUUUCGACUUCUUCUAUCCCCAUAUCUUUUUGGGCACUUAGUGUUUUUUAUGAUAAUGCAAUAAUCAUUCUGCCAUGCGAUCAACAGCACAUUCUGCAGCUUCGUCACCGUCACGGAGAGCCCUUCACGAACGAACCCCGUCGGAGACAAACAAAGAGGCCUCUUCCUCGACCCUACGAUUAGUCACCGAGGCAGAGAAGGAAGAUCCACAUGCCCGUUCGAUAAGUCCAUAUCCGACAAGACCAGGGCAUGUACUCUCGCCGAGUUUCAGUAGAGAGAAUUCAAUUACACCCGUCUCGGAUAUCCAUGAUGUCUCUUCGGUUACUCGCUCGUCGGCCACCGUAGAGCGGUCUCUUGCUGAUCUAUGGGACUUACCGUACAUCUUCGAUCCUGCGAAUACAAGGUCACAGUUAUGGGAGGGCUCCAGCAGGUCGUCGUUUCCAGACCCUAGUAUCCCGGCCCAAGAGCAGCAUCAUACGCUUGACGAAAACCCAGAGUUCUCAGACGACGAUGAUAUCGCCGUCUUGCCCACAGAUGCCCCGACAAUUAAGACGGUCAUCUCCGAACCAUCGUCCCCUGAUUCUCAUACCGUUGGGACUUCCGGCGCACGAAACCCCACGUUGAUCGACUCCAGUCCUAAUAUCGUACCCAUCGGACCGUCAUCAAGUCCUAAUUUCAUACCCCUUGACAGCUCGAGCAUGAAUUUUGUGCGUAUUGGGAAUUCAUCUUCCAACACAGGAUCCGCAACAAGGUCAAACUCAGUGGUAUCCAUGAAUUCUAUGGGAACCGUAGUGAGACACAUCGGUGCUUCCCCCUGGAUUCAUCCAGCGACCUCGGACCGUUCUAGCUCGCAUACCCGCUCACGUUCUGAAUCUUUUCGUUCCACCCCUCCAAUUGCAUCAAUUCAGUCGAGUUCACUUGCUUCCCAUUCGCGCAGUCGUUCCGGUUCUGGCGCAGCCUCUGCUCGCAGCGGUUUCUCUGGUUCGGACAUACAUGCCAUUAUUGACAGCGGCAUCUUCAUUCAAUAUCCUAGAAUCCGCGGUCCUGCAUCAAGCAUGAUGACCGAAUCUCGACCAAUUAUUCCAGGCAGCUCUGCGCGGGAGGUCCUGCCCGAAGAACCUUCAGAGCACUGGAGCCGUAACUUCUCGGCAGUCUCCUCCCAAUGGUCCACGGAAUACAGCGUGAGACGCAAUUUUCCAGCUGGAGAACGUGCCCAGAACUCGCGGGUGGACUCUUCUGCUUUUGUUAGCCAGAAGUCAUCUUCUUCGGAGUGGUUGGUGACAGAUAGUGAAGGUGACGAGCACCUUGACCAUCUUACGACUCUACCUUCAGACCUUGUUCGUCCCCGGAAUCCAGCCGUUCCCAGCAGCUCAUCCUCCGGGUCCAGGAGUAGCAGCCAGCGAAGUUCCCAGCGACCUGCCACGGGUUCUAGCUAUAUCCUCAACGUAGUCCCCACGUGGGCAAGGCUUUACUACCAAAGUGACGGGCAAGCAAUCAACACUACGCUGUCAAUGAUCGAGGGCAGCCGUCCGUCAUCCUCGCGCUCCACAAAUUCUGGUUCCAAUAUGGUUGACUACAUGUCGACAGCCCUAACACAACCAAGAAUGCGUCCGCAUGAAGCUACGGAACCUCUUGAAAUUACGGAAGGGCCUCAAGGACGUAAGGCCAGCGACCCCAGGGAUCCCCGUAGUCAUUGGGCAGAGGGGUUGGAAGCAGGGAAUAACAACCGACCAGGCACUUCUCGCAGUCAAAUGCAGGGCACCUGGUCGCCACAUUUGUUCCCCGACAGGCAGAUCAUUCAACAUAAGACUAGUACCUGGACGGCUGUUUCCAUGGAUUCUCGUACAGAGCCUGCGUUUGGACGGAGAAACAUCCAGGUCUACUCAUUUUGUUUGGGAAUUAUCUUCCCUUUGGCUUGGAUAGUUGCAGCAUUCCUUCCCUUGCCUCCUAAGCCAAAUUCCGAAAGUGCCUCGGAUUUGGAACGGGCACUUAAGGUGCGAACCUAUGACAUUGAACAAAGACGCUAUGAGAAUGCAAGGUGGUGGAGGAAUCUCAAUCGGGUUAUGAUUCCCUUAGGAAUUGUGAUCAUUGCUCUUAUCAUAACGCUCGCAGUUGUGGGCACAAAGCUGGGAUUCUAGGAUUCUCGCCGUUUGUGCUCCUACUAGAAACUGCUCGCUCCAAAUUCGUCUGUUUCUGAAAAAGUCCGCGCUGCAUCUUCGACAUCUGGCAUGGGCCAGCCAUCCUUUCCUCCCAAAACAGGGCCGGAUCCGACCUUGGAUUUAUUUCAUCUUCCUCGAUUGGAUAGACCUCCUCGAGCUGGAAUUCCCUUCUUCGCACUCUCUCCGACACGUACCUUACCUUCUUCAUAUCUCGCCAAAGGCUGAGAUCUCCCUCUUUUCCGUCACGCCAGCUCAUUACGCCCUCUUUUGCAUGAUAUGACCGCUAUGACUGUUACGUCCAUUGUUUUCGCUUUUCGUUAGAUCCGUAUUUUUUAUUCAUUUCUCGUUUUUAUGCCACAUUCCCCCGUCCAGUUACCAGUCCCGUUGUCGGUUUCUAUUACAGAGCGUUUGCAUAGAAUCCGGAGAACCAGUUGAUGGGCUCAACUUCGGUACACGACGUGUCAUGGAUGCCUUUGAUUUCUUCACUACGAAUACCCUUUUGAAAUUUUUCUUAUUUUUUUUUUGUUCUUACAAUACUGUAUUAUUUUAUAUAUAUUGUCUGAUGAUGGAAGUUGAAAACCGGGAAAAAAAAUUUUCUUUUUAAAUAGACAUGGAUAAACUGUCA